AUGGCUCCAGACUUAUACGAUGAAGACUACACAGAAUUGGUGGACAUAUACUCAUUUGGGAUGUGUGUGUUAGAGUUGGUGACAGUAGAGAUUCCUUAUAGUGAAUGUGACAAUGUUGAUAAGAUAUACAAGAAGAUGUCUUCUGGAGUUAGACCUGCUGCCUUGAACAAGGUCAAAGAUCCUGAGGUUAAGGCUUUCAUUGAGAAGUGCCUUGCUCAACCAAGGGCUAGGCCUUUUGCAGCUGAGCUUCUCAAAGAUCCUUUCUUUGAUGAGAUUGCAGAUGAUGAUGAUGAAAAUGAUGACUGUUCUUGUUCAUAUCAAUAG